GAAUGGUAAAACUGUACAUAGGAAAUGUGCCGUCUACCGCGCACGCCAACGACCUUCGCGGACUGUUCGAGAAGUACGGAAUGGUGUCGGAAUGUGACGUCAUCAAGAAUUACGCUUUCAUUCACUACACGAAUAUGCACGACGCUAACGCAGCUAUUGAUGCACUAGACGACUGCAUGUUCAUGGGUAACAAUAUACACGUGGAGAUGUCCAAGAACCAGAACCACAGACCUGGUCGAGACAGCGGCAGGAGUGAGAGCCGGAAUGAAGGACAAGGGGGGCCCCCCAACAUGCAGAUGCCACCAGGCGGGUACAACAUGCCGGGCAUGCCGUACGGUCACCCUCCCCCGCACGGCAUGCCAGGAUACGGCAUGCCGCCCCCAAUACCUGGCCCUGAAGGUAGUGGUUUUAACGCUGCUGCUGCUGCUCCCUCUGCAGCAUACCCUGGUUAUCCUGCUCCUUAUGGGAUGCCUUAUCCUCCUCCCCCAAUGCCUAUGUUCAACAGUGAGCAGUUCAAGGACUAUUUCAAGAGGUAUGGCUGCAUGCCGCCACUUCCCCCGGGAAUGUAUGGAGGCAGCAGAGAGCGCAGCAGCAGGCGCAGGUCCCGCAGUCGUAGCGCCUCCCGCUCCCCGCGCCGCUCCUCCCGGCGCUCCCACAGCAGGUCUCCCCGACGCAGGACCCCUCCUCCACGGGAAUACAGGGAAUACGAACGUGCAUAUUCACCUAGGUGAAAUCGAGUUUUGAAUUUUCGAUGCAUAGCUGUGCUCGUUUUAUUUUUCAUGAUCGUCAAUUUUUAACUUUGUACGAUUCUCGACCGUUUUCGACAAUUAUUCGACCUUUUUUGACAAACGUUUUGACAUUUUAGACGAUCGACCCGUUACUUGACUUCUUUUAACCCGAUAGUAGUACAUUCGUUUAUCGUAAGUUUAGCCACCGUAACACCGAUUCGAUUAAUAACGAAAUCAAAUCGUAAUUUAAAUCGACGGAUUUCGCAAGUAUUUUAUAUUUUUUGUAUCGUGAUCGUAUCUUGGUCUUUGGAAUCCCGAAUUAAGAAGGGAACGACGUUACUCAAGAUCGCCACGGAGAUAAAGUGCGGCUAAAUCAUAUUCUCAUCUCACGAGUUCCACUGAACUGUUAUCUGUAUUAAGUUUACUCCAUAUUAUUUGUGUUUAAACAUCUGCUGAUCAUUUUAUCAUGGAUCAUAAUCCUAGACUUUUCAUAUUGUGAGCAUUCUAUCAUUCGGGUUCACCUAAUGAUUACUCCACGCCGCAUUAUAUGUAUCACUUUAUUUUGUUAACCCAUUAUUAUACAUAUUAUGUAUAUUUUUCAUUUCAUGCAGCUUUAUUCA